AUGCUCCGAGUCCCCGCCUUCACAAGAUGCUGCACCCGGCCGUCUGUCAGGCUCCCAUCAUGGGCACUUGGGGCUCCUUCGCGCUCACCUCGCCGCUUCUUGUCCGAUAAAGUUCCUACCCGACCACCGCCGUCACCGCCGAAACCAAUCAACCCCGAAAUCCCUUCAUUCCGAGAUACAGUCAUCCGAAACAGCGCAUACAAAUCGUUCAGCGACUUCAAUGUCAAACCUCGCUGCAGAAGUCAAAUCAUGUUUUUUCUCGGAGUCUCUACGUUUGGCUUCAUAAUGGCCGCUGCUAACACCGACGUCGAAACUGAAUACUGGGUAAAGCGAUUGUCUUCCGGCUGGAGAUCUGCUACGCUAGGGAAUGCCGACUUAGUCAAGGCCCAAUAUGUACAGCUCGGGCAGGAAUUACAAUCCGGGCUAGAGCGCAUGAAAGAAGUGUACCAGAGUAUCCCCCUCCUCCUCCAAGUCUACAUCACCAAAAUACACGUUACGGUCGCCCAGACAUACCUCGAUAACAACGAGGGAAAACGGAUAUGUUGGAAGAUAUGUCUGCUGAAUGCCGCCGUAUACGCCGCUUGGAAAUUCAGGCGUUUCCAACCCUUUAUGAACCUACGCUUCAUGCAUCACCCCCUCUCAGGCAUGUCUUACACGCUUUUGACAAGCAUGUUCAGUCACCGCUCUUUACCUCAUCUACUCUUCAACUGUCUGGCCUUAGAAAGCUUCGGUGCUGCCGCCGUUCAUUACUUCAGCAAGGAACAGGCCAAACACCAGCCCGACCAACUAGAAGCAACGCCGAAAUGGCAUUUCCUCGCCUUUUAUACAUCUGCGGGCCUCUUCGCCGGCUUGGUAUCACACAUCAUCUCCACGAAAUGGCGGUACCCACGAAUCAUCGCUCAAGCACUGUCGACAUCGAAAGCCGCCACUGCGACCACCGCCACCGCUGCUGGCGCAGCUUCGACGGCGGUGGCAUCAACUGCGGCCAAGGCAUCAGCUGGCGAAAUUCUUCCCUCUCUGGGUGCAUCAGGAGCCAUUUAUGCUUGUGUAACGCUCACAGCCCUCGCUUUCCCCGAAACUGAGAUAGCCCUCUUCAUACCGCCCACAUUUCCAAUACCCAUACAAUGGGGAGUAGGUGGUAUGCUAAUGAUAGAUAUCAUUGGAGCAGCAAGGGGAUGGAGGGUUCUUGAUCAUUGGGCGCAUCUUGGAGGCGCAGCUUUUGGUAUUUUCUAUUACGUUUACGGUCCAGAUUUCUGGUCCAACCUGAGAGAAAAUAUCGAGGACAUGGAGGAUGACGCGGAUGCAUCAUAG